AUGGGUGUCAUGUGGUCAUGCUGCGAGUGUCCGGAAGACCACUGCGAAAGCAGCGAGCUCUACGGCGUGAUGGCACGACAAGAGGUGCUGCCCAACUACCUGUCUUCUUCCAUCGACAGUAUGGCCCUCCUUCCGCAGCUCGGACGACCACCUCCACGAAGGAGGCCCAGGCGGGCAUCUGGUGAUUCGAGCCCCAGUGAAUCCCACUCAACGCUGACACCUGAACAAUCUGGAGCUUCGAGCCCGAGUGAGUCCCAGUCGCCGGCGAGACCCGGCCAGUCCGGAGCUGCGAGCCCGAGCGGGAUACACUCGCCAGUGAGACCUGAACAAGCGCGCAGGUCACCGCAGCGAACGUCUCCGCAGCGAACGUCUCCGCAGCGAACGUCUCCGCAGCGGACGUCGCCGCGGCGGCAGGUGCCGAGGCGGCUUCCACCUUCCGCCGCGAUUCCGAUCCCCAACCCGGAAGAGCCAGGGCCAUCGCAGGCAUCUGUUGCGGGAUCACCGCAGCUCCACUCUCCGGUGAACCUGAGCCACUAUUCCAAGACCGAGUUGAUGCAGAUGGCGCUUAUGCGACGCAUUGAGGUGUCACCAGAAGGUGCGACCUUUACCGAGCCGAGAAUGGGGACCAUAUUCGAGGAAUCCGCGGAAACUGAGCAGGUCCCUGUUGCCGAAUGCCCGAGCAGCCAGGACGAGACGACCGGCAGUGGUCAGUACACCACUUUUCCAACGCUUGAUGAAGAGACCAACUUGGAUACCCCAGAAAAGGACUAA